AACCCCUCCUUGCAUAUAUACGCCAGCUCAAGUUUGCGCCGCCGCCGCCGCGCCGCCGCUGCGUACGUGGUGUACUACAGAGCGUGUACACCAUACACAGAUUUGUGUACUCCAUCCCUAACACACGGGUUUGUGCCGGCUGCAGUAGUUCUACAGUCUAGCGCAGCGCAGUACUGGUGCAGCGCAGCAGCUGGCAUCAGUCUGGGCUAAUAGUCAUCGUCGAUAGAUUUGGGGGCGAACCCUGGGGGCGUGAGGUGGUGACGUCGCAUGUCGCAUGUCGCACGUCGCAUUCCUCAACGCCUUUGAUGGGGAACGAAAGAAAGGGUUUGGUGCUCACACCCUCAGGAGUCAAGGCAUCAUAGCCUACCAGCAGUACCAGCAGCAGCGGACAGGACAUGGGCAGCAGCGCGCGUGGCUCGCCGGCUACGGCUGAUGGCCGCUGGUGCUGGUAUCUCCCUUACUGUCGGCAAUGUGUCGCUGAAUUUCUUGCCUCUUUUAGUUGUGGCACUGACGGGCAACGAGGCGUCGGUGCGUUUUGGCAAUUGGCCUUUGCUCGCGACCGGCGACCUGGAGGCAACCGCUGGCUGGGCUGGCUGGUGGCUGUGGAAUGUGGAUGGCUCCAUGUGCUUGCCGCCGAGAUUGAUCCAGUCGACGCACAACGGGCGUCCGAGGCAGAGCGCGCUGGUGCG